UAUUCAAGGUAGCGCCCAAUCCACAGCGCAUCUAUGAGGUGUCACACGCUAAACUGUCCGGCCACAGCAGACAGUAAUGGAGGUUAGACCGAGCAGAGGCAGGAGAGGCAGUUGGAAAAGAGGUGGCCGGGGUGGACACGACAGUGACAGUUUUGGCGGUGAACACCGGGGCAGAGGCCGAGGAGGCCACCACCGGGGCCGCGGCAAAAGAGACCACUACCGCGGUCGUGGACGCGGCGGAGGUGCCCACGCAGCGGACUUUCAUUGCCCGGAUCAAGAUGAAGGAGACAACUUUCAAGAGGAAGAUGCCAGGAAUGAGAUUUUCUCCAGGAGGAAACUGGAGUCAAACUGGGACCGUUACAAGGAGUCGGAGAGACAGGAGCCUGAUGAUGACACGCCCACUCAGAGGGGAACGGAUUACCACGUCCUGCUGGAGUCGGCAGGGGAUUCCUUCACUCAAUUCCGGUUUUCAGAAGAAAAAGACUGGGAAAUGGACCCAUUCGCAGCCAGUCAGAUGUCGGCGGUGUUUGUGGACCUCCCAGCUCUCGCUCAGAGCCUUCAGCAGGUUCCCCUCCAUCAGAGACUCAACCUGGAGGCUGAGCUGGUUCAGGUCUUGACUCCAGCAGAGCUGCCCACCAUGACCCUCCCACCGAAACAGGAAACCCCCAAAAUGUCCACAUUCACUCCUCUGUCCGCAUCUUUAAAAAGUCUCAGCACCAACCAGAAAGUCCCCGUGGCUACAAACCCAGUGUCCGGCUCCAACCUGCCGGUUUCCUCAAGUGCCGCCGAGCCGCCGGUGAAUGACGGCGAUGAAGAGCUGGACCAGCUGCUCAGUUUGGAGAAACCAGUCUCGGUUGUUUUAGGAAACCAGUCCGCCAGUGUUACAGGCCUGGAGGGUGCGGAACCAGGGAAAGCGUGUGAAGAAACGAAGGAGGUGGUACCGGAGGUGAUUGAAGAGAAGAUGGAGGCGGUGAGAGACGAAGGUGUCGCGCCUCCAAAGUCUGCCUCUGUCAAGCAGGAAAUGACAGAGGAGGACCUGGAGGACUGGCUCGACAGCAUGAUCUCCUGACCGCCAAAGAAAGGGGUUCAUAAAGGAAACUGGACUUUGAAGAAUUCAACCCUCUCUGCUUCAACUCUUUCCCACGCUGAAGGACCUCGGUGGGAUUUUUCUUACACAUCGGCCUCCACUUUUUUUUUUUUUUUUGUCUAGUUCCUGCAGCUGAAUGAGAGACAGUAUGUCUGGAGGUGCAGCACAGCGUUCCCUCUGCACUCCAGGCUUCAGAGAAAUAAUUUUCCGUUGAUUGCGGAAGGGACGGACUGAUAGCCAGUCAAACAGGUCACGGACAACAAGUCUGGUUUAUUGUGCCAAUUAAUUUAUUCAUUCAUUUCCUUCCCCCUCAUUAAAAGAAAUGCAGUUGACCAAAGCUACUACAUACAUACAAAUGGCCAUACAAUAGCAGUUAACCAUCCUGUCGUCAAUAAAUCCCUGAACCAAG